AUAGACAAUACAUACUGUAUUUUUGUAUUGUUGUGGGUAUUGUGAAUUUGUGUUUCUGUUUAUGCGACUACAUGUAUAUUCCUUGAUUGAUAUGUAAACCAGUGUAAACUAUAUCACCAAACAAAAUAAAAGUCAUGUUUAGUCAAACUCAAAUAAAACAAGAAGUUUGUGAGAGAACUUGCAAAGUAGAAAUUAAUGAUGAAGUUCUACAGGAUAACCUUAAAAUUGAAAUUAAAGAGGAACCUAAAAGGGAAAGUGCAUACGAUACAUUUGAUUAUUUAGAUGUUAAGAAAUGUCCUAUAAAAGCUGAAAUAGAACAAGAUGAUGGUUCCCGUUGUAAAGAUAUGAAAACUGAUGCCAGUAGCCUAUUAUCAAAUCAUGAUAGAAGUGACAGCAAUUUGAACCUAUCUAUAACUUCCACUACCAAUGUGAACACUGAAGGACAACGUUUUAUAUGUAUCAUUUGCAAGAAACCAAUGUCAAGCAAUUAUCGUUUAGAACAACAUAUGACGACACACACUGAUGAAAAACAAUUUAGAUGUGAUAUUUGCAGCAAACAUUUUUCAUCGAAACAACGUUUAAAAAGUCACAUAACAUCGCAUACUUUGGAAAAACCAUUUGAGUGUGAAAUAUGUACCAAACAAUUUUCACUAAAGAAGUAUUUAAAACAACAUAUGACAGUACAUACGGAUGAAAAACCAUUUGAAUGUGAAAUUUGCACCAAACCAUUUUCAACGAAAAAAUAUUUAAAAUCGCAUAUGAGAGUGCAUAUUAGUGAAAAACGAUUUGAAUGUGAAUUUUGCAAAAAAAAAUUUUCAACAAUGGUUUAUUUAACAAUACAUAUGAAAUUGCAUACUGAUGAAAAACAAUUUGAAUGUGAAAUUUGCAAUAAACGGUUUUCAAGGAAACAAUCUUUAAAAUUUCAUAUAAAACUGCAUACUAAUGAAAAGCCAUUUGAAUGUGAAAUUUGCACCAAACCAUUUUCAACGAAAAGAUAUUUAAAAUUGCAUAUGAUAGUGCAUACUGGUGAAAAACCAUUUGAAUGUGAAUUUUGCAAAAAAAAAUAUACAACAAUGGUUUAUUUAACAAAACAUAUGAAAUUGCAUACUGAUAAAAAAACCAUUUGAAUGUGAAAUUUGCAAUAAACGGUUUUCAAGGAAACAAUAUUUAAAAUUGCAUAUAAAACUGCAUACUGGUGAAAAGCCAUUUGAAUGUGAAAUUUGUAACAAACCGUUUUCGACGAAGAUAGAGUUAACCUUUCAGCGCUCGCGCCCAUAUUUUUUACAUCAUAGCGCGCGUGUCAUAUUUUUUAUGUAUUUUGGAUAAAUGUGAGUUGUCUGAUAUUUCUUGAAUGUAAAUUAUAAAAACAUAAAUAUAUUACAAAUAAUAAUAAAUAAACAUAUUUAUUUGCAAAAUUUACAAAUUAAAACAGAAAUUACACUUUUACUUUUUAGUCUAGGUAAACAAAUAAAUCAAUAUACAGUUAAAAACUAUCAUCCUGAUUGUUUGUAUUACAGGAGUUACACAGAAUUGUAGUAAGUGAAUGUUUUUUGCAAGUAAAAGAAUUGCAUUUAACGCAUUUCAUGGAUGCCGUUGUCCUUUUUCUUUCCGCGUUACAAGAACGACAAACUCCACGUUUUGAAAGACGAACUGUUUCCUCGUGUUCAUUUACAGUUUGUCCAUAUCUAACUUUUAGAAAUGCGCCGACAUCUGAGGGUAAAUUGGUUAGCUGAGCUCUUGAAAUAAGGUGCUCUUUCAUUAGACUCAGCGACAAAUUUUUCAAAAAAAUUCUUCGAUCUUUUGGGCAAUUAUCAGGACACGAAAAUCUAUAUAAAACUUGUGCAUUUAUUCCACUUAUGUUCAAUAAACUGUAAAAUAUAACACAAGGCCAUCUCCUAGAAAUUCGAGAAGCUGAAUAUGUUGCAUACAUUUUGUCCACUGUAUCAACACCCCCUUAGUUGCAUUAUAAUCCAUAAUUACUUGUGGUUUUUGAGUGUCUGGAUGUAUUUCGUCGUUAUCGUGUAAAGUUGAAAGCAGAAUUACAGUUUUGUUUUUGCGAGGCACAAAAGACACAAGCAUCAUGUCUUUUUGGAAUCCAAAAAGACAACUUUUAGUAACUUUUUCCUUGUUAGGUAAAUAUUCUGCAGGAAUUUCUGCCUUAUUUUUUUUCAAAGUUCCAACUAACGUGAUAUUUUUUUGCAGUAAAUAAUUAGCAAGUGGAAUACUAGUAUAGUAGUUGUCGGUAGUAAGAUUUAGAUUGCUAUUUUCUAUCGAAGAAACAAGUCUCUUUACAAUGUCAGUUGGUGAGUUGGAUGUAACGUACAGACCAUCGGGCUGUUUGCCGCAAUAUAUUUCUAAAUUUGAAGUAUAGCAUGUCUUUGUAUCACAUAAAGCGUACAUUUUGAUGCCGUAUUUUGCUGGUUUGCUUGGCAUGUAUUGCACCCAACUGCAACGACCUCGAAAAGGGUGAAGUAUUUCGUCUAUUGUAACGUAUGCACCAAGUUUAAAGGAUGUUUGGAUAUUGGUCACAAAUGCAUCAAAAAAGUCACGAAUUGCAGCCAAUUUGUCAAUUUUGCGGCGCUCAAAUCUGGUUGUGCGAUCAUCAAAUCUCAAGCAAUUUGUUAUAAACAAAAAUCGUUUGUAACUCAUAACAGCCCUUGUUAUCUCAAUUCCUGUUCCGUCGCUUGCCCAAAUUUCUCUGACCUUUGCAAAAUGCGAUUUUUUUAUCCCAAUCAAAAUCAGCAACCCUAAAUACGCCAUAAACUCGUUUCUGUUUAUAUCCUUGCAGUCUCGUUCUCUAGAAUAUACUUGACGUGUUCUUAUUUCAGCAAUAUAUUUAUUAGUGGAGCAUAUAAUAUUGUCGAUCAUGUCAAUGUCUAUUAUUUUCAAAAAGGCUUCUUGCUCAUUAUUGAUAUUUCGGGCUCUAUGAGUGACACCAGGCUGCUCUUUUACAAUGUUAAUUUUUUUUAUCUUCGAUGAAGUUGCCGUUUUCAUUUUGUACCAUUUGGUAGUUUUAUCUUUUGCUACAUAAUAGUCAGAAAAUGAAGCUGUUACGGAUUCAUCAUCGGAUAAUCCCUCUUCAGAACAACUGUCUACAUCUUCUUCUUCUAUGUACUCCUCAGACAAAUCACUAGACACAGCGUGAUCUGACUCGUUUUCGUUUUCAUCCCAUAAAUGCUCAGCUAAAUAAGCAAUCUCCUCUGUUGACAAAGGACGUUUAGACAUUUUCUUGGUUUAUCUGAAAAAAAAAACAAAAUUCAAUAUUAUUAUUAUUAUUUAAUUUCUAAACUUAAAAUCUGAUACAGAAUGCAAAUAAGCGUAAUAAAAUUGUUUAAGGUCAUAAUACUUACAUAAAUAAAAAUAAUUACUCCAAAACUCGCGUGCUAUAAAAUUUAUAAUGACUGUUCCUCUUCAUUCAAAUAUCUCACAACUAAAUUCAAUAUCCAACCAACCAAAUUUACCUGCCACAUCGUACCUAACGGGUCAUUUCAAGAAUAGAAAAGUGUUAGGCAGCAACUAAAUUUAGAAUAACAGUGGCGUACACUAUUUUGUUAAAUUGUCAUAAAAUUUAUGUAGGCGCGCGCGCUGAAAGGUUAAAAUCACAUGUCAUAGUACAUACUGGUGAAAAACCAUUUGAAUGUGAAUUUUCCAAAAAAAAAAUUAACAAGGAAAUAUUUAACAACACAUACGAAAUUGUAUGCUGAUGAAAAACCAUUUGAAUGUAAUAUUUGCAAUAAACAGUUUUUAAUGCAACCAUAUUUAAAAUCGCAUAUGAAAGUGUAUACUGGUGAAAAACCAUUUAAAUGUGAAAUUUGUACCAAACCGUUUUCGACGAAGAAAGAGUUAAAAUUACAUAUGAGAGUGCAUACUGGUGAAAAGCCAUUUGAAUGUGAAAUUUGUACCAAACAAUUUUCAACGAAACGGCUUUUAAAAUCGCAUCUGACAGUGCAUACUGGUGAAAAACAAUUUGAAUGUGAAAUUUGCAAUAAACGGUUUUUAAGGAAACAAUAUUUAAAAUUGCAUAUAAAACUGCAUACUGGUGAAAAGCUAUUUGAAUGUGAAAUUUGCACCAAACAAUUUUCAACAAAGGAUAAUUUAAAAACACAUAUGAGAGUGCAUAGCGAUGACAAACCAUUUGAAUGUGAAAUUUGCACCAAACGAUAUUCAGCAAAAAGGUAUUUAACAAUACAUAUGAAAUUUCAUAUUGAAACGUUCUCAACGAAACAAGUUUUAACAUCGCACUUGAAAUUGCAUACCGAUGAAAAACCAUGUGAAUAUUAAAUUUGCCCCAAACAGUUUUUAACAAAGGUUAGUUUAACAAUACUUAAAAUGAAAUUGCAUUUGCAAUAAACAAUUUUUAAUGAAACUAAAUUUAAAAUCACAUAUGAGAGUGCAUACUGGUAAAAAUCAUUUAAAAGUCGAAUUUUCGCAAAACAUCCGUGUGAAUCAGAUUUCGUCCGUGAAGACGAUUGUCGAGAUUUCGGCUCGGUGUCUUUUAAUCCUAAGUAGGUAAAUAAUUUAGCCGUAAUUUUUUUUACACCGUGCUUUUCUAUUAAAAUGCGACAAUAUGCGACAAACCCUGAAUGGCGAAUUAAAUUUUUUAAAGGUUUCAAUUCUUUGUAAAUAACCACAUUGUUCAGUAAUUCAGUAUUUUUUAUGUAAGUGUUAUGAAAGUACGUACCUUUAGAAAAGAGACUACUAUGUUAUGUUAGGUUAUCUGUUUCAUGUCAAUUGUGAAGGGGUCAAUAAAUACGUUAGUUGAAUCUUAUUUAUUAUAUUACUAUACAUAUAUAACAUAUUUGGCGACGAGGAUAGUCGGAUUUACGGGCAGUGGAAGUUAUGGCUUUAAUUGGUAAUAUUCAGCAGGUUAACCCUAAAAGUUCUGACAUAACCUCAUAUCAUAGACCAAAACCAAAUAGAUGGCGAACUCAAUAAUGACGUUUAGAAGCUAAAAGGCGACAUCUACAAAUUCGAAGAAACUAAAUACAACGUUGCCGCACUAUUGCCUCUUAUAGUUUUCUUAUUCAGUAAAAAAUACAGAGUGCACAUAAAUGUGCACUCAGUGUGAAAUAUGUUUCGAAUGUUUUUAG